AUGACCCCGGAUAAUCGGACUUCGCAGAGCCUGCUGUCCGCCCUGCACCCGCGCAAUGCCAGCCCGCAGUUCGCGGGCCUGCAGUUCGUGCAGUCUUUCAAGCCUCUCAUCAUCCCCGGCUAUUCACUCGUCGUGUCUGUCGGGGUCGUGGGCAACUACCUUCUCAUCUAUGUCAUCUGCCGGACCAGGCGCAUGCACAACGUGACCAACUUUCUCGUGGGCAACCUGGCCUUCUCGGACAUCCUGAUGUGCGCCACCUGCGUGCCCCUGACUCUGGCUUACACCUUCGAGCCGCGGGGCUGGGUGUACGGCCGCUUCCUGUGCUACUUCGUGUUCCUCAUGCAGCCCGUGACCGUCUCGGUGUCCGUGUUCACGCUGACGGUCAUCGCGGUGGACCGCUACCACGCCACGGCCCACCCGCUGCGCCGCCGCCGCCUCAGCGUUCCCGCCUGUGCCGGCGUGCUGGCGGGCAUCUGGCUGCUGAGCUGCGCCCUGGCCGCUCCCGCGCUGCUCCACACCUACCACGCCGACUUCCCCGAGCUGCACUUCGCCAUCUGCGAGGAGUUCUGGUUUCACCGCGAGCGGGACCGGCUGGCCUACGCCUACAGCACCCUGCUGCUCACCUACGUGCUGCCCCUGGGGAUCAUCUCCGUGUCCUACCUGCGCAUCUCCGUGCGCCUCCGCAACCGCGUGCUCCCGGGCAACGCCACGUCGCAGCAGCAGGCGGAGUGGGACCGUGCCCGGAGGCGCAAGACCUUCCGCCUGCUGGUGCUCGUGGUGGCCGCCUUCGGGGCGUGCUGGCUCCCGCUGCACAUCUUCAACCUGGUCAAGGACCUGGACAUCAGCCUCAUCGACAAGCGCUAUUUCAACCUCCUGCAGCUGCUCUGCCACUGGCUCGCCAUGACCUCGGCUUGCACCAACGCCUUCCUCUACGCCUGGCUCCACGACAGCUUCCGCUGCGAACUCAAGAAGAUGUUCUGUGGGAAGCGUUGGUGGCGGCGGCGCCGGAGAACGAAGCGCGUCCAGCCCGUGGACGGACCUCCCGCGUGCCCACUCGCCACCGUGGUCCUGUGAGGCCGCGGGACAGAUCGGGGCGCACGAAAAGUUGAUUUCUCCAUCCCAGUGCUGGGUAGACGG